AAUCAUAGCUCUUUGCAGAAAGCAGUGCCACACACUAAGUAGCCAUUGUGGAAAGGCGAAGGAAAACAAAGAUGCAUCCCAAGCUUAGAAGUGUGGUUCUGUGCCUUCUUUUCUGGUUUAAAGUCACGGUGGCACUGUCACCUGCAGAGGAUGACAGAUUGGAGCACUGGCACAGUAAAGCCUGCAAAUGCGAUUGUCAGGGAAGUCCCAACUCCGUCUGGUCCACUGGAGCAAACAAUCUGGAAUGUAUGCCAGAAUGUCCCUAUCACAAGCCUCUUGGUUUUGAGUCAGGAGAGGUUACUUCUGAUCAGAUAAGUUGUUCUAGUCCUGAGCAAUACACUGGAUGGUAUACUUCAUGGACUGCAAACAAGGCACGGCUUAAUGGUCAAGGCUUUGGGUGUGCCUGGCUCUCCAAAUACCAAGAUACUAACCAAUGGCUACAAAUUGACCUGAAAGAAGUCAAAGUUAUCUCAGGGAUACUUACCCAAGGACGUUGUGAUGCCGAUGAAUGGAUGACAAAAUACAGCGUACAGUACAGAACUGAUGAGAACCUGAACUGGAUUUAUUACAAGGACCAGACAGGAAAUAACAGGGUUUUCUAUGGAAAUUCAGACAGGACAUCUUCUGUGCAGAACCUCCUGCGCCCUCCCAUUGUCUCUCGCUACAUCCGCUUAAUACCACUUGGUUGGCACGUGCGCAUUGCCAUCAGGAUGGAACUGCUGGAGUGCAUGAACAAGUGUGCUUGAUGCUGAAAUUCAGCUCAGGGGAAAACUCAGGAGUCAUUAGCAAGAUAGAGAAGUACAAUGAAUGCAAAGAGUAGGUCCUUCAUGUGUGUAGAAUAAGAUCUCAAUGUACUGUGAAAAUGAUAAGUGUUCUCCAAUGACCUUCUGUUCUGAAGUUUAUCCUCCUGCAAGUUUGAUAGUUUUUAUGGAAUUCUGUUUAAAUAAUACACAUACCACCACCAACAGCAAGAAAAAUGCAAGAUGGUAUGGAAUUAUAGUACAUUUUGGAACCCACAUUGUGUUAAUUUCCUGCCUACGCCUUUCAUUUCAUCUCAUUCUUUUAUUUGACAAAGGUGUUAUUUCCAAGAUUUUGAUUAAAAGUGAUUGAAUUAUUGAAAAAGUGGGAGAAGAUCAUUUUAUUCCAAUAAAAUAAAAUAAAAAUUAUUUCACCCAUCACUCUUUUUUGAACAUAGUCAUUCUGGGAGGCAGUGAUAUUUUAAAGUUCUGUGGAUCUGGGAGCAAAGUUACGUCUUCCACUGGUUUUUAAAUCUACUUUUAACUGUGGCAAAAAUAUACCCUUUAUAAAAAGGAUUUUGGGGGUUCUGAGACUGUAAAAUGGAACCCUAACAACUGCACAGCCCAUCCAGAUUUAUCCUCUUAUGCAGUGGUGUUAUCACUUUUUUAUGGAAAGAUGUGUGUGUCCUAUUUUGAUGCUAGAGAUGAGAACAUUAUCCAUCUUAAUGGAUGCCUCAACUUCAUCUUUUUAGAUUCAAGGGUGACUACGUGUGUCAAUAUUUUCCCAGUCUUUGAUUUGUUCUUUAUUACUCAAAGCAGCAGUGGGAUUUUGUCCUGUUUCUCAUCUUCCUCUAACAACUUUUUGUAAUCAAAACUAUCCACUGAAUGAAAGCUUUGUGUGUCACUAGAGUUUGCUAUUGUCCUAUUUUGAUGAAAGAAAUGGAAACAUUAUCUGUCUUAUUAAAAGUGUCAAUGCCAUAUAUUUAAAUUCUAGGAUAAUAAUAAUACACUUUAUUUAUAUUCUGCUUUAUCUCUCUGGAGGAACUCAGAGCGGAUUACAGUACACAUAAAAGGCAAACAUUCAAUGCCUUUUUAUGAACAAACAAUGACAUACAAUACACAGAUAAGGUAAAAGCCUUCCCCUUUUUCAUCUUUGGCGUCUGGAGGAGAUGUUCAACUCCAGCCAUGGGGAGGUGCUCUUGCUCCAUUUUCCAUAUCUGAGGAGCCUGUUGUCCGUAGAUAUUUCCGAAGAUGGCAUGUAUUCAUGGGGCACCCUUUUACCUUCCCGCUGAGACAGUACCUAUUUAUCUACGCGCAUUGCAUGCUUAAUGAACUGCUAGGUUAGCAGAAGCUAGGGCUGACAGUUGGGAGCUCACCCCAACCCAUGGCUUCAAACUGCUAACCCUCCGGUCAGCAGAAUGAAACUACAUGUGACUCUCCUGUCUCAGUAUUUGGUUUUUUAAAAGUUCCCCAUUCUUUGUUUUGUUUUGCUGUAUUUACUCAAAGCAGUGGUAGGGAUUUGCCCUAUUUCUCCUUCUUUUCUGAUCAUUUUCUUGUAACCAAAAUGGUCCAUGAAAGCUGUUUUUCACCUUAUGCGGUAAAAGCUAAAAAUGAAGACGUCACAAUAGACAUAGUAUUGUCCUGGCUUCCAGAGUGGUAUCUCUUUUAGUUUGUGGCAACCGAACAAAGAGCCUUCAGGCAUCAUUAUAAUUAGCACCUAUAUUCAUAGGUUUGUUCAUCUAUAAAUCACCAAAAAAUUGUUAUGCUAUCAUCUUAUGAUAUAAAAGAGACAAAAACGUUUUGGGAGCUUAUUUUUGUCCUGCAAAUUGACAUGCUAUAGAAAUGCUGGUGGAAUGAGAAGUCAAAAAUACAUCGAUUUCCUUACAUCUGUGAAGGGUAUGAGAAGAUAGAGUCACAGAAUGGCUUGAUCAUCAUUGUUUUAGUCUUUUAUAGCAAGACUUGUGCUUUCAAAUUCUUAACAUUUACAACAUCAAACCUGUCAGAAAGGUGCUAGAUGUUUAAAACAUUGCUUUUUUUGUUCUUCCAAAACGGUUACAGUAAAUCAUAAAAAUAAUCAUAAUCAUAAUGAUGAUUAUGCAGUUGAGCCAUAGCUUUUAAAUUAUUCGCAAAUCAGACACAAUUUCAAUACCAUACAACCGAACCACCUCGUAUAGAUAAUCUUAAGUGGUGCUAGGAUAUUAUGACUUCUCUUUUUUAAAAAUAGUUUUACAGGCAUUUUAUAAAUCAAAGACCUAGAAAUCAUAGUUUGUGUUUACUAAAUACAUGUUGUUGUUGUCAAAGUAACUUUGUAGAAAAUAAUGUACUUUUUGUGUGGGGAACUGAAUGUAAUGCAAAGACACAGAAAUGUAUAAAUAAUGUGAUUUUUUCGUUAUAUAGGUAUGUGUGUUAAUCAUAGAUUAUCCAUCUUUUAAGUGUAAAGGCUUUUGAUUUAAAAACUACUCUUGGAAAUAAAAGCCAAAAAUAUUUUGAA